AUGAUAUUGCUGAGGAAGGGCACCUGCUUCCAAAAGUCUCUGCUCAAUCACGAGCCAUGGCAGCAUGUCAACGCCUACCUGAUCCACGACACGGCCGAUUGGAAGGACCUGAACCUGAAGUUUGUCCUGAAGGUCUACAGAGACUGUCACCUGAUCCAGGACACACAGUACCUCCAGGACAUGUGACCCAUCUGCAAGGUUGUAAUGGAGUCGGAGAUGAAGUUUUAUACGGACCGAGACGGUCUGAUCGACAACUCUGGCUACGCUGACCAGACAUACGACGGAUGGACCGUAACAGGACCCAGUGCGUACUGUGGGGGUCUGUGGCUAGCCUCCGUGUGUGUGAAGUGUAAAAUGGCAAGGCUGGUGGACAAUGAGGCUGCCUUCCAGAGAUUCAGAGACAUAUUAGGCGGAGGGAGCGCUGCCUUCGACAAGUUGCUAUGGAACAGGCAGUACCUUAUUUCUGCCAGCAGGGGGCACACAUUCAGUAAUGAAUGGGGACUAAUGCGGAAAAAACUUGUUUUGCUUUGUGUUACACAUUCUUAUUCAAUUCAGUUGGCUAAAACAUUGAUUAUUGUGAUGUUAUGUGUUUAUAUAGCAUAGAGUUUGAACUCAAGCAAAAAUUCAAAAACUAGCAACUGAGCUUCUGGAAUACUAGCGCUGAACGAUUAACUGAA